AUGCCGGUCGCGGGUCGGCGGCGGCACUUAUUUGGCGGCAGGCUGCUCCUUGUUGCAGCUGUACCUGGAGUCGAUGCCUUUUCCUCCGCAGAAUGUUGGGUCGGAGGGUGGACUCCUGAAAUCUGCUGCAGCGCACCUGGGGCCAAGGGAAACCCCCUUUGCUGGGACUCUGUCUUCACCUAUGACAGAUGCUGCACAGAGACGGAAGAGGGCAUCCAGUUCGACCUACGUCGCCGAAACUUCGUGGCGGACAUGGUGCGGAGGGGUGCCACAGUGCAGUUUGACAUUCGACAAGUCUUCGGUGGCCGUACCGGUGCCGUGGCAUCCAG